AUGUCCCUCUUUGGUACGUCUCCCGAAGAUUCACCUGUGGCCAAAGCCACUUCUACCUCCCGCUCCAAACCAUCCUUGUUUUCAGAUCAGCCGGCCUUGGGUGCAACCUCAUCAGCCGCCCUAUUUGCCGACGAGGCACAAGGAGGUUCCUCAGCAUGGAACUCGCCAAAUCCGAAAAGGGCCGCGCGCCACGAACUUGUCAAAAUGCUAUUACCAGCCUCAGAGGUUCCGGAAGGGUACAUUGAUGCAUAUGAUGCAGUGUUGGAUUCGGGGGAUAAACUUGGUGCUGGCAUUUCUGUCAUGGGGGCGAGGAAAGUCCUGCGAGAUUCUAGUUUGAGCGCAGAGGAACAGGCUACAAUUCUGAAUAUGGUCGCCCCUGGUGGUCGCGAUCUGCCGAACGGGCUAGGGAGAGGCGAAUUCAACGUUUUGCUUGCUCUGAUAGGUUUAGCCCAGGAGGGCGAAGAUCUCACUUUUGAUACGAUUGACGAAAGAAGAAAGAGACUUCCCAAACCUAGCAUACCAUAUGUCGAUCGGUUGAAGUCCCGCCACAGCACAGCGAUAGCACCACCCGAACACGCAGUUCCUCUCCCCCACCAGCCGUCACAGCGUCGGAUGACGCAAGGGUCAUUUGGGGAUUCUGAUCCGUGGGGAAGCCCCGCAUUGCAUCGCGGUCACAAUCAUUCAAUUGAGAAUGGUAUUGGAACUAGCCCAGGUGUAAACGGGUCCAUUGGGGGUGGCAGGAUCAGCUCGCAUGGUGUAGAAGAAAUAAUCACGAUUAACAUGCUGCCGGAAAAGGAGGGCAUGUUUUUUUUUCAGCAUCGAAACUACGAGGUCAAAUCCUCACGGCGAGGAAGCUCUGUAAUCCGGAGAUAUUCUGAUUUUGUAUGGUUGGUGGAUUGUCUACAAAAAAGGUAUCCUUUCCGGCAGAUACCACUUCUCCCUCCAAAGAGGGUUGCAGUCAAUGGCACUCACCUCGCAGCGGACUCAAACUCCUUUCUCGACAAGCGACGAAAGGGUUUAGUACGAUUCACAACUUCGCUUGUUCGCCACCCUGUUUUGAACCAGGAGCAACUGGUGGUGAUGUUCCUAACCGUUCCUACAGAGCUGUCCGUCUGGCGAAAACAAGCCACCAUUUCCGUUCAGGAGGAAUUUGCAGGCAAACCACUACCUCCGGAUCUUGAAGACUCCCUCCCUCCGACUUUGAAUGAGACCUUUGAAAGAGUUCGUUCUGGAAUCAGGCGUUCAGCUGACAUUUAUAUCAACCUUUGUAAUCUACUUGACCGCCUUGCGAAACGUAACCAAGGACUUGCCGCCGAUCAAUUCCGGGUUUCCAGAGCCCUACAGUCUCUGACCGAUUGUACAUCGGACACAUAUGCUGUCGACACCAACGACGUGCCGCUGUUGAACAAUGGCAUUAACUCCACAGCCAAACACCUCAUCGCCAGCCAGGGGUUGUUAGAUGACGAGGCUCGAGCAUGGAACGACGGAGUCCUUGAAGACUUCAAGGCUCAGCGAGAUUGUCUCGUGGCUAUGCGCGAUCUAUUUGAUCGGAGGGACCGCUAUGCCAAGGACAACAUUCCACAACUUGAGCGGAGGAUUGAAAGCAAUGAGAGGAAAUUGAAAGAGUUGCGGGCUAGGCCUGAGGGGGUUGUUAAGCCUGGGGAGGUGGAGAAAGUUGAAGAUUCGAUUAUCAAGGACAAACAAUCUAUCGUCCAACAGCAUGCGAGGGGCGUGUUUAUCAAGGAAUGUAUCCGUGACGAGCUGCUGUAUUUCCAGAUGAGCCAAUAUCACAUCAGCCGGCUGCAUCAGGACUGGAGCCAAGAGCGGGUGAAGUAUGCCGAGCUGCAGGCCGAAAACUGGCGUUCUCUGUGCGAAGAAGUCGAGGCAAUGCCUACUGCUGAAUAGAAGGAUGGACGGACUAUACCGAGAACGACAAUGCAUCCUACCACUGACCUCUGAAUAGGGUAUGUUUUGUGGGUGUUGAUCGAGGGUGUGGAUGUGAAUAUGGUACAUAGAAAGUUUUCAAAUUUUCCGUUGUCGGACGUGCUAUACAUUUGAUCGUCUCUCCUUCAUCGUCUUCAUCUUCACUUAGCCUCUGUCAGUCGAUAUUCUUGCGUAUUGUCAUUUAACCUCAAUUCCCCUGUUCGUAUAGUCCGAUUUUGAUGUCACCGAGUGCCACUCUUCUUUCUUGGCCUCUGUUUAUCUAUUUCUGAUAUUUUGUUUUGUGUUGAUAACGCUCUUUUUCAGGAUUACUUGGAUAGUAUUGUCAUUUCUACUCGCUCGUAUCAGCUUUUUUGUCUUUUUGAGUGCAAGUUUUGCUGAGGUCGAGUCUUGAGGACCGGUUCCAUCUUUUUUAAUAUUUUCUUUUAUACCC